AUGGUUUCGCGUGCACAGCCCAAGUCUCUUGUCAAAAAUUUAAAGAAAAAACAUAGUAACCUCAUUAGUACCAGUGACAAGGCCCAUUUUCCUAAUGGAGGUAAGCCUACUAAGACACGGAUACCACAUGAGUUUGAUGAGGACAUUGACGAUGAUUUAGCAUUCGACAGCGAUGAUGAGAAACUGUAUGGUCAUUUUUUUCAGAGCCAGGAGAAAGAAAAUCACUCAAAAGGCAAAAAAGUUGUGAAGAAGGGCAAGUCCUCUAAGAAAGCUAAUCGUUCCAAUGAAGAUGAAACUGACUUUAUGGAAGAACAGUUUGGCGCUCUUGAGAGGACGGAGGGCAAGAUGACGAAACGGAAAAAUGGGUCCUAUGCUAAUGGAGAUGACGACUUGUAUAACUACCAUGAGGAUGGUCAAAGUAGCGAUGGGAGUGACUAUAUCGACCUUAGUGAUAUGCUAGACGCAAACCUCCAAGCCGAAGAGGAGGAAGAAGUUGAGAAAAAGAAGCAAAAGAAGCCUUCCAAAAAAAAGACAACAACACUUGCGGAGGAUGGAACGCGGCAGAUUGUCAAAAAGAAACGUGCGUCAAAGCUAACGGAGGAAAAAGAAUCAUUUUUCGGUUCGGCUGUCACUGGAGAAGAUGGUGUUCCACAAUCUUACUGUGCUGCUAUUCAGCAAUUUGUCAAAAAGAGCGAAAGAGGAAGCAAAGAAGAAGAGACCGCCCGGAAUCGUCUUGAAGCGGCCUUGAGGAACAAGCACAAUUUGCUAACCGUUGACCUGGAGGACCCUGAGAAGGAGCGUUUUGCUCGAAAAGAAGUGCGUUCUAUUACGGAAGAAAAUCUGUCGAAGUACAACCCGCUGCUGCAAGAGCUUAACAGAACUAAGCACCUUCAACUUCCCAUGAGGGCACCGGAAAGAAACCCAAUACCGUCUUCACUUGGUGGCAUCGUGGCAGCCUCUGAGGUAUUGUUCAGUGAGAAGACCUCUGAGACCGCCAAUCCGGCCCAGAAACUGACCUCCAGAAUGAAUCAAGUCCUCUCACGUGCGGGCAUUUCUCGCUGCCAGCUCGACAACGCGAAUUCGCACGUCUCGACAAGUGACUCAAUCGGCAAUUACGUUCAAUUUAGCAGCAGCGCCGAUAAUGAACUUGACGCCGAGGGCGGUGCAACUUCGGGCGCCCAACCCCCGUCUGUCGGGUAUAUGGCGAAGUUGAAAGCCAUCCUAGCUUACGAGAACACGCGCCGAAAGCGCUUCAACCGGAUCAAGAGCAAGGCCUACCGUCGCAUCUUGCGCAAGGAGAAGGACCGCGAGAAGGAGCGUCGGGAAAAGGCCUUUGAGCUGCUGCACCCUGAGCGGGCGCGGGCGCGACUUACCGAGAAACUCGCCCGCGCCCGUGCGGCGGAGCGUGUGACACAGAAGCACAAGAACACCAGCACGUGGGUGAAGCACGCCAAGCGGUUUGCCCAUAUCGACACAGACGUGAAGGAUGCGCUCAGUGAGCAGAACAUGCUGCGGCAAAAGCUGAUGCAGAAGAUGGAGGAGGAGGCUGGGGAGGAGAACUACAACCGGUACAUUGCAGGUGAAAAUGGCGAGGCAGGGGAUAUGUCCAGUGAAGAGGAGCAGGUUGUCGACGAGUUGUUGGCUGAGAUGACUGCCGAUCCACAAUCGUCUGCUCAAAAGAAGGAGCCUUUGACGAGCAUUUUGUGGAAAGAGGUGGAGGACGCUGACGCCACUGGUGCGGAAAGUAGCCCAAUCACUAAAGCUCGUUCGGAGUUACGCGAGAUGAAGUUCAUGAAGAAUGCUCGCGAGCGUGAGGAAAAAGAGUACGCCGCCAAAUUGGCAUUAUUGCAGGAGGACAUUCGGCAACAUCAAAACGCCACCAAUAGCAAUGACGAUACUUCUGAUGACGUUGGGGAUGAUGCUGAUAAACAAGUGAACUCCGCACAGGGGAAUGCUAGCCACAAUAGGACAACGGAAUCUAUCGGGUUAAGCGGUUUCAGGAGAACAUUUUCCGAUCUUGCUAAUUCAAAGCAUCGUGUAGAGACGAUUCGAUUGAGAAAGCAAAAGGGGUUACAGCCCACGCUGAUAGGAACCGAAGAGCAACCGUUGUCGGACAUCUCUCCCGAAGAAGUAACUGAAUCAAAAAAGGUAAGCAUCAAACCCCAUGAUGAAGGGGCAGUGGCGGUGGGGGACGGGUUUGCUGGAAAUCGGAAAAAGACCCAACAGUCUACUCGUCUCACGAUAAAACCGGAGGCAUUGAAGCGUGUACGUCCUACCAAACAGGAGGAAUCUUAUUCAGAAAAGGGGAAGCGAGCGCCUCCGGAUUCCGAUGACGCUGAGGCAUUACCUUCUGAACCUGAUGAGGACCUCCGUUUGCAUCAGGAAUACCUUGUCUCUCGAGCAUUUGCACACGACGAAAUUGAUGAAGACUUUCUCAAAGAAAAAACCUCGCAAGUUGAGAUGAUCAUGAAGCCUGAAGAUGUGAAUGAAAAUUUGCCAGGUUGGGGUGAAUGGGGCGGAACAGACCCCAAGCUGAACAAGUUUCACAAAGAAAAGCUUGAACAUAGUGCAGUGCAAAGACAGAUUGAAAAAUCAUUUCUGAUGAAGAGCAGGGCUGAUGCUGCAUUGGACCACGUCAUUAUCAACCAUGAUGGGGUUGAGCUCGUGCCGGAUCGAAUGACACUUCACAUGGUCCCACGACCGUUUUCCAACGCACAAGAGUUUGCUCGCUUUAUGCGUCAGCCUUUAGGACCCGAAUGGAGCUCCGCGCUGUCAUUCAAAGAAGGUGUUCAACCACGCAUUGAAGCACGUCAAGGACAGAGUGUCCUCCCACUAGAUUUGAGUCUAAGGCGUAAGACGAAUAAAACGAAGCGGAGGAAAAUUGAAAAUAAGGAGAAUUAA